AUGCAGUUCCAACAAAGUCAAAUAACAUCUGCACCCCGUGUGCCUACACUCGAAAGAAAAUCCCGGAGCGCCAUCGACGAUCCGAAGACAGACAACCUGCUAUUUCGGGUGAAAAUCCUGGAAGAGACGAAUAAUCGACUGUUGUUGACACAAGACGAGAUUGUCCGAGAUUCAAAUCGACGAGUACAGAUGCAUGUAAAUGAGAUCAAAUUGCUGAAGAAUGAAAUCGGGAUGCUGGCGGCGCAGAACAAAGAGUUGAAGGAGGUCUGCUGUUUUCUUGAUGAUGAUCGCAAAAAAUCGAAGCAGCUUGGGAAGGAAUGGCACAAGCUAGGAAAGUAUACCAGUCAACUUAUGCGACAGGAGGUUGGAACUUACCAACGUCGAGUCGAGGGCCUAGAACAACGUGAAAAUCAGCUGGUCCGCGAAAAUGAAGAGUUACGCCAGCUGUGCCUAUAUCUUGAUGAACAAAGACAUAUGUGGAUGAGCAAUUGGCAUGAACAUUGUGAACGAGCAAGCUUGCGUGAUGAGGAAUUUGCGGAAUCUGGGUGCGGUGGCAGCGAGAAAAGUUCUGACAGCUCUCCGAUUGAAAUGUUGAAGCAAAAUAACCUUACCGUAUCCAUUGAUUCGACAAAGGAGGAAGCUCUAGAAAAGCUUACCAAGCUCCCCUCCCCUCGAAGUAGAUUUGAGAUGGGGCGAAAGGAAGCGGAAACCGAUGUCCUUCAAUAUAUCCAAUCCUUAGAGAGCACCAUGACCUCAUCUGGGACGACAUAUGCAAGCUGGGACACAGAUAAUGAGAGCCCGGCCAUGCCUACUGUAGAUGGACAAGGGAUUGAGGAUGAGACGGGGAGAACGUUGACUGUCAUUAGCGAGGAGGAUGAUCAGAAUAUGAAGUCGAUGGACGCUUCAUCGGCUAGCUCGCAUAUUUUGCAUUUUGAUGGGCUUAACCAUCGAAAAUUGGGAUUUGACAAUACCGCACGUGGCUCCCGCGAUUUACUUACGGUAGCUUCGCAUGAUCAACAUGGAUUGAACCCAGAGCGCUCGGCCUCAGCAGACAGUGCCCCCCGACUCCUGCAACUCUAUAAAUUGGCACCAGAAAUGGAGGUACCCCCACCCCCAAAACGUCACUCAUUUCAAGGGGAUAUUGUCGAGUAUCGGAGUCAAGUA